AUGUCGACAUUCGCCUACGACGACCCGACGUUUGACGACAUCUCCCCGCUGGACAAUCCCACUGCAGCCCACGACGGCGGGCACUCAGGCGCAUCGCAGAAUGGCAGUAUCCAUCCCGCGGUUCUGGCGGCGAUCGCCAUGGGCUGCAUCACCGCGUUCUUCGCCCUCGUCACCUGGUCCAUGAAUAUCUGUAUCCUCCUAGGUCGCGUACGCAGGCAAGAGAAAGCCAGAAAAGCCCAGGAGGUCCCAAGUGGUCCUACUACUGUUGAACCAAGGUUAAAUGAACACAUUUUGGGAGGCGUUGCAGCCCGUGACCCUGUUCUGGCGACGACAUCGGUGCGACCACCAGCCCGAGCUGCGAGUCGGUCAGGACCAGUUGCUUCAGCCGGGAAAGUCGUGCCCGUGCGGAUCCAAGAUAUUCAGGGCCGCCAGGCUAUACCGUCAUCCUCGGUAAUCGUGCUUCUGCCUGCCCUUCUCGCUCUGAUACUCGGCUGCUUCCACAUGAUCCGUCGUUGGGUUCGCCGCUCCAAGCCAGACCAGGAACGACACGACUGUUGGCCCAAACCACGCGCCUUCGUAUCGACACAGCCUACUGACUAG